AUGAUAAAGAAGACAAUCAUGGCUAAAAACCCUCAAGACUCCAUCUCCUUCUCCAGAAGGUUUCUCAACCGGAAGAACAAACCCGGCGACGACCCAGACGGCAAAACAGAGCAAAAAAUCCCCGAAAAAGGAAAAACAUCAAAAUCGGGGCAGAUCGUGAAGCUGGAAAAGCAAUCCUCAAAGGCGAAAGUCCCAAGGAAGAAGAUAUUCGCUCCGGCUGCGGUGACCAAGCUGCUGGGAAGGGUUAGGGAUCGGGCCCGAAACCAGUCCUCUUCGGGCCUGGUCGUCGGGACCCUGUUCGGGCCGCGGCGCGGGCCCGUCCACUUGGCGAUCCAGGCGAGUUUCAAUCUGAGGCCGAGCUUUCUGGUGGAGCUGGCGACGCCGACGAGCGUGCUGGUGAAGGAGAUGGCGUCCGGGCUGGUGAGAAUCGCUCUGGAGUGCGAGCGGCGGCCCGAAAAGAAGGGCCCGAGGCUGGAGGAAGAGCCCGUGUGGAGAACCUACUGUAAUGGGAAGAAGUGCGGGUUUGCCAUGAAAAGGGAGUGGGGGCCCGAAGAGAGGAAGGUUCUGGACGCGAUUGGGCCUAUAUCAAUGGGGGCUGGGGUUUUGCCUGGGGAGAUUAUGUAUAUGAGGGCCAAAUUCGAGAGGGUUGUGGGAUCAAGGGAUAGUGAGGCUUUCUAUAUGAUGAAUCCAGAUGGAAAUGCAGGGCCUGAAUUGAGCUUUUACUUGCUCCGGCUUUAG